GUUCAUCUCAGUGGCAGUAGUCGGUGAAGUAUGUCACGGAACGUACGCGCCGCUCCGGUCUGUCGUGAAAUACUUAGGUUAAAAUCAAUUGGAUAGUGAUAGCGUGUUAAGCUGUGUGGCAUUGAAAAAACGAACGUGAUAACGUUAAGGUGGUUCGAUUUUCGGCCUCCCAAAUUUACGGUGUAAUAAUCUCCCACACCUUCCCCAUUUCGGUGUUUGGAUACUGUGCGAAGAAGUUGUGUUUUUUUUUAUUGAGCCAGGAUACGAAACGGAGUUUUGCAGUGUUUGUGUGUGAUUUUUUGAAUUUGAGUGAGAGAAACAGAGAGUGUAAGAAAUACUGAGAGGGUGGAAAUCGUGGAAAACCCCCCCGGUCGAGCGAAAGCUUUCGGCAGUCCCAUCCCACGAGAGUCUGCGAGAGAAGAGUCACACACGUGCAUCAUCCGAUUCUGUUCUCGGAGGAGAGUUGACUUUGCGGUGUCUAUUAUUGUUGAUCAUUGCGCAAGCAGAGAAGUGUAUAUUACAGUUCCAAACGAACUCGGAAUCGUACGAUCGGUGAAGGAUUGCUAGUGUUGUAAAAAUAGCUCACUACCGCUGUUUCAGUGUAGCGGGACGGAAGGAAGGAAGGGAACACCACGCGGGAGAACUUCUCAAUUGAAUUAAAUGUGUGGACCAAUUUAGGUUCAAUUGAGUCUCGCGUCGCGUCUUCUAAUCGGAGCACAAAACAAUUGGAACAAGAUGACCGCAACAAGCAACGAGCUUCUCGGGUUGGCCUUCAUGAUGUUUUUCAUCAUCACGCUUUCUUCCACCGCCCGGUAUUACUUCAAAUUCUUCUGCUUUAUAGUAUUGGCGGUGAUUUGCGCCGUAGGUCCAGUUCCAUUUAUGUUACUGCGGCCGCGAGACUACCGGAAUGCUUUAUUACCCGCCUAUCUGUGCACCAAAUUUGGACAAAUGCUCGGAGCAUCGUUUGAAGUGCGCGGCAAGGAGAACAUCAAUCGACAGCACGGGGGAGUGGUGCUCAUGAAUCAUCAGAGUGCGUUGGAUCUGAUUGUUCUAGCGUUUCUGUGGCCUAUCGUUGGUCGGGCGACUGUCGUAGCCAAAAGGGAAGUCCUGUACAUGUUCCCGUUUGGAUUGGCCAGCUGGCUGUGGGGAACACUCUUCAUUGAUCGGAAAAAUCGGAACGCCGCAAAAACAGCCAUCAACAAGGAAUCCAAGGCUAUCAAUGAAAAACAGGCGAAAAUUCUGUUCUUCCCAGAGGGCACUCGAGGCGAUGGCGACAGUUUGCUGCCCUUCAAGAAGGGCUCUUUCCACGUGGCAGUGGAAUCCCAGGGUUACAUCCAGCCGGUGGUAAUUUCCAAGUAUCAUUUCCUAAACUCGAAGGCGAAAAUCUUCAAUCGAGGUCAGAACAUUAUUAAAAUUCUGCCCGAGAUCUCGUGUGCCGGCCUCACGAAGGACGAUAUUCCCCCGCUGAUGGAACGAGUCUACAAACUGAUGCAAUCGGAGUACGAGCUUCUGACUGAUGAAUCGCUGGCGAUAAAUAAUCUCAGCAAGAGCCUUUAGAUUCCACCGGGAGGGGCGAAAAAGGUUGCCAGGAAGAGGAGGCAUCAAAAGCAACAACAAGAACCGACACAAAAGACAUUUCCAACCAUUCAUGUCUGAGUGGCGCAUUAAUUUCCGGGCCGAGUUUAAAUGUUUGUGCUGCUCUACCGCAAUUGAAAAUGUUGAUGAAUGAAAAUAGUAGAGGAGAAAAAAAAACGGGAACGCACCUUUUCCGCGGAAAUUGAAAGUGCUUUUCAUUUCAACCCUUUCGCGAACGGCGAGCCGAGAAUGGCUAGAUUUGUAUGCAAGCUAAAGUAACCAAGAAAAAAACAAGAUUAAAUUUUGAGUGAAUUGAUCUUCCCUGCCCUUCGCAAAAUUAAUAGCCACCGGAAUUGAGCCGCCGAUUUUUUCCUAAACGAGUCUAUUCAUAAGGGUAGCGAUGGAAGCAAACUGAGUUGUACUAAGGGCGUUUUUUUUGGUUUAGUAUGAAAAUGUGUUUGUAAAUUUGCUGUUUUUUCAUGAAGAAAGGACCGGAAAAAAUAAAUAAAACAUCGUGUCUUAAACUUGAUCGGAUCAACGGGUAGGCUUCAAUGGGGUUAGAAACAGUUGAAGUCGUAACGAAGCAGAGAAUGUUCCUCUAAAGCGUAUUUGAAUUAAGCUAGAUAUGGAUAGAUGAAAACUAAUUUUCAGCAUGUAAAUAGUGUACUAUGACAAAAUAUAUUUAGAAUGGAGAGAUUUAGCGAUAAAUACAUUAGUAUGCAUGUGAUACACAUUCUAAAGAAACUACUAGAAGUGAAAACAACAAUAUGAAAUUGAUACAAAAUACAAGUUUAAAAUUUA